AUGACGGACCAAAUGCGCGAUAUGAUCGCCCAGCUGAUGGGAAGUCAGCACGUUGACUACAAAGGUUAGUUCUUCCUUCUUUUCUUUUAACCUCGUUUGUUAUUCUGUUCAGAAAAACCAUCAAUUCCAUUUGAUCAUCACAAUGUGUGCCGCGCUUUCCUUCUCGGCAUUUGUCCUCACGAUAUGGUGCCCGACAGUCGGCUCCAGGUGAGUAUGCUCAGUUCUUCCGUGAGCUCUUCUCUAUAGACUGAACUGUUAGGUGCCCCCCGCAAGUGCUGCGAGCGUACCGUAAAUCGUCGGCAAACCAGGGUUAUUUUGUGAGUUCUCUCCGAAAAUUUGACAUUUGAAUGAACUAACUCUGCCAAUUGUCUUACUUUUGACUAGCCGCAUCGAGAAUCAAUGAUCAUCUCAGUCUCUGAAGCGAUGAAUUCGUGAGUUGAGCCUCUCCUUUCCUUCUGGAAAACACCAGGAAAUUUGUGGAUGUCUUAUUCGAUUUUGUGUCUGCUGCAACUGUUCACCUCCCUUCUUAUUCCAGUGAUUCAUACUCUCCUUUAAGAACGUUGUGUCCUGCCGGAAAGUGCACGAACCAGCGCACAAGGCAGAUUACGAGAGAGCGCAGAAGGAAAAGGAUCAUUUUUAUGACGUGGAUGUGAGUAAAUUCCCUUCUCUUUUCUGAGGUCUCGCAAUCUUUUCAGGCUUUUGAUAUAAUCGAGCACGCUGUCAAUCUCGUCGACAUUGAAAUCUCAAAAGUGCGCGAAAACUGGAGGACGACGUGAAGACCCAGACAAGCCAGGCGGCCGACUCGAAAGCGAAGCAAGUGGCGGAAAUAGAAGAGAAGAUUGCGAAGAACGUCGACGAGAUAGAAAAGCUAGGGAACGAGGGAAAGAUUGAAGAGUCGAUGAAACUGCACAGACAUGUCGAGGAAAUGAGAGAAAAGAUUCAGGAAAUUGAGGUACUUACCUCAUCGGAUCCCUUAACUAAUUAACUUUUUUGUUUCCAGGACUGUCAAGCUGAAAUAAAAACAGCUGGACCAGGAUCAAAUUCUGCCAAACUGCGUGUCUGUGAGGACUGUGGAGCACAGUUGAAUAUCAUGGAUCACGAAUCGCGUAUUGCCGAUCAUUACAACGGAAAAAUGCACAUCGGAAUGGUGGAGACGCGCGAGACGUACAUUAAAAUGAAAGAGACGAUCGAGGAACGUCGCAAAGAACGCGAGGAAAAGCUCGGAUCUCAGAGAGGGUACGGACGCAGAGAGUCCUACAAUCGGUAAAUGAAACGCCAACUGGGUUGCCAGUGAACGUGGGAAUUACAGGCGUGAUCGCGGAGAUAGAGGUGACUACAGAGGGGAUCGCGAUAGAGACCGGGACCGUGAUCGUCGUGACAACCGCAACAGAAGCCGUUCGCGCGAUCGUUCUUACAGACGCGACGACCGGGACCGAAGAUACGAGCGAGACUCUCGCGACAGGUAAGCAGACAAUAAACGAAGGACAUUUAAAAUCACGAAUGUGAUAAUGACCUCGUUUUUGAAAAAUCCGAUUGCGUCUCCAUCGCUGAAGGCCAUCUCUCCCAUUCCCGCUCCCAAUCACUUUUCAGACGCGAUCGUGACCGUCGUUACUGA